AUGUCGAAUGCGAAGUACAACAGUACUGCUGAUCCAGAGGAUCAUUGUACCGCCUUUGAACAACACAUAAUGUUGCACACAUACUCAUACUCCAUGUGGUGUAAGGGAAGGCAACAUGCAAAACUACCACCACCCUAUCAGCCGCCGAGAAUAGAUGACAGAGCAGAGCUCCAGAGAUUAGUAGAGAUGGAGAGGCACGGGAGGAGAAUGAUAAGGAGAGAAAACCGAAUGCCUGUUUGUCUUAAUAUCAUGGUUCACGUAUUGACGGUGGACAAGAAUAUAAGGCCGAUAGAGCGAAAGAAAAGAAAUUUCUCCACAGAGAAGAUAAAAGCUUUUCAACAAGAGGUUGAUAAAUUACUGGCGGCAGAUUUCAUUGAGCCGUGUGACUAUCCGGAAUGGUUAGCCAACGUGGUAAUGGCAAAGAAGCCUAGCGGAGCAUGGAGGAUUUGCAUGGAUUUCACAAACCUCAACGGUGCAUGUCCCAAAGAUUGUUACCCACCGCCACGAAUUGACAGCUUGGUAAAAACAGAUACAAAGAAAGCAACGUUCAACACAGAUGAUGGAGUAUACAAUUAUAAAAAAGGGAGAAACAUUAAAGUGUAUGUUGACGACUUGGUCGUCAAAAGCAGAGAGGCAGAAGAUCAUGUUGAUAAUCUGAGAGAAACCUUCAUGAAUCUGCAAAUGUAUCAGAUAAAGCUGAACCCAAAAAAGUGUAUUUUUGGGGUGAAAUCGAGAAAGUUUAUGUGCUUCCUAGUUAGUGAGAAAGGGAUCGAUGAAAAUCUUAAUAAGGUUGAGGGGAUGGACAUCAUAGGUCAGUUUACAACCGACUCGGGAGGCAGAAAAUUCCUCACCGUCACGGCCAAUUACUUCACCAAAUGGAUCAAAGCCAAACCGGUAGCAAAAAUAACAGUCAACCAGAACAACCGCCACCGGCAAGGCACAUGUUCAAGGAAAGCUAACAGCAAAGACGGAAGGGCCCUACCAGAUAUGGUAAGAGAUAGUAGCGAGAGCGUACAAGCUGAUGCAUAUGGAUGA